AUGGCCAACACCACGGAGCUGGACGCCACAGAAGUUGCUGGCUCGGUAGGGUUGGUCCUGGCGGCCUUCGUGGAGGCGGCAACACUGCUGGGCAACGGCGCACUGCUGGCGGUGGUGCUGCGCACGCCAGGGCUGUCUGACGCGCUCUACCUGGCACACCUAUGCGUCGUGGACCUGCUGGCAGCCGCCUCCAUUAUGCCGCUAGGCCUGGUGGCCGCGCCGCCGCCGGGGUUGGGCCGCGUGCGCCUGGGCCCCGCGCCGUGCCGCGCCGCACGCUUCCUCUCCGCCGCGCUGCUGCCAGCUUGCACGCUCGGCGUGGCAGCCCUCGGCCUAGCGCGCUACCGCCUCAUCGUACACCCACUGCGGCCCGGCGCGCGGCCCCCGCCCGCGCUCGUGCUCGCCGUCGUGUGGGCCGCGGCUGGGUUGCUGGGCGCGCUCUCGUUGCUUGGGCCGCCACCUGGACCGCCCCCUACCCCAGCGCGCUGCUCGGUCCUGGCUGGUGGUCUCGGGCCUUUCCGACCACUCUGGGCGCUGCUGGCCUUCGCACUGCCUGCCCUCCUGAUGCUUGGCGCCUACGGCAGCAUCUUCCUUGUGGCCCGCCGCGCCGCCCUACAUCCGCCGCGGCCCCUGCGGCCCGCGCGAGGGUCCAGGCUGCGCUCGGACUCUCUAGACAGUCGCCUCUCCAUCCUGCCGCCCCUCAGGCCUCGCCUGCCUGGGGGCAAGGCGGCCCUGGCUCCAGCGCUGGCCGUGGGCCAAUUCGCAGCCUGCUGGCUACCCUAUGGCUGCGCGUGCCUGGCGCCCGCAGCGCGAGCCGCAUCUGCCGAAGCGGCAAUAACCUGGGUGGCCUAUUCUGCCUUCGCAGCCCACCCCUUCCUGUACGGCCUGCUGCAGCGCCCCGUGCGCCGAGCGCUGGGCCGCCUUGCCCGCCGUGUGCUGCCCUGGCCCCCGCUGGCCUGUGCUCUGCAAGCCUGGCACCCACGAGCACUCCGGCAGCUUCUCCAGGGACAUCGUGAGGGCCCUGCUGAGGUCCCUGAACAAGUCCCUGAGUUGGAGGGAGAGGGGAGCCUGAGUAUGCCAGAGGCCACCUGA